UUCACAGGCACAAACUACAUUUUCUUAUGAAUGGAAACAGAAAAAAUCAGUUCGGCUUAAAUUGGGACCCAUCCUUCACUGAGAUCAUAGAAGGAAAACAACAAAAGCAAGACAAGGGGAACCGUCAGAAGAGAUGACAAUGACUACGAUUCCAGAAAGUCUUAAUAGCCCUGCCUCAGGAAAAACCGUUUUCAUGGAGUUUGGAUCCCCGAGUCAACAAAUGUCGCCUUCCUCCAUGUCUCACGGACACUAUCCAAUGCACUGUUUACAUUCUGCAGGUCAUACCCAGCACGACAGCUACAGUCCAGCCUCGUCGUUCCCCAGAUCUUUGGGUUAUCCAUACGUAAACUCUGUCGGCAGCCAUUCCACCAGUCCAUAUCUCAGCACAGUACAGACCUACCAAAACAGCUCGGCGCUCACACAGACACGGCUAGAGGAGACAGCGCCAGAAGCAGAGAAAAACACAGUGGUCGAAGGCGGAGAGGUUCGAUUCAACGGUAAAGGGAAAAAGAUUAGAAAACCAAGGACUAUCUAUUCCAGUUUACAACUUCAAACUCUAAACAGGAGAUUUCAACAAACUCAAUAUUUGGCGUUACCGGAGAGAGCUGAGCUUGCAGCGUCGAUGGGUCUCACUCAGACACAGGUGAAGAUUUGGUUUCAAAAUAAGCGCUCUAAAUUCAAGAAACUGAUGAAGCAAGGUGGGGGAACAAUUGACGCCGCCGCUUUAGCCACCGGCCGCGGACUGUCUAGCGGUUCACCCUCGGUGGCACCUGUCUGGAGCUCGCCGACCACCGUGAAGACUUCGGUGGGGACAACCGGAUCUUACAUUCCCAGCUACACCUCAUGGUAUCCAACCGCACACCAAGAGUCUAUGCAACAGUCACAGCUCAUGUGAACAGGGACCUCAGCCCUCGACUCUGCCACGGCUCGUGUAUCACGAUGGUGAAGGGGCCUCAGCGCGGCCCAGCACUGAUAACACAACAACAACAACAACCCGGGAGUUUGCUGUCGCAUGCCGCCACAGUGGCCUCUUCAUACCGGAUGACGGCAAGCAGCUAGAAGAAGCAGGAAGCUAAGAGGCUGAAAAGGCACGCAAAGCGCCCAAGGGCAGCAAGUCUGUGACAGUCAGCGGAAAUCGUAGACCAAUGGAUCUUUUUUUUAGCUGCUGUUUAUCACUUUUGUGGCAGUUUCUUUUCUUCUUCUUCUUUUUUUUUAAAUUAUACUUGUGUGAGUUAUUCUGUUUGUAAGAAAACACGUGUUUGUUUACACCAGAUCUUGGGCCCAAAGUGAUGAUGACCUGAAAUCAAUCUGUAUUCAGUAACAGUUAAAGGUUCAUUCUUUUACCAAAUAAUGAUAAUUAAUACAUUCCACCAUUAUACUUUCAGCACACUCAACCCCCAGGGCAUAUUGUGCAAAGCCUCAACUCGCUACUAUGUUGUUUAUGUGUUUGUUAUUUAAGUUAAAUUAUUCAGACUAGUUUUUCUGUUGAGGUCAGUCUGUGUUCAUUUUGUAAGUGUGUUUUGAAAUUACAACACUGUGUUGUUAAUGCUGCACUAACGCAAGCAAAGCUUUUCUAUGCCGUGCCCCGAUGUUAUGUGAAAAAUGUAAAAGGCCUAACAAUUUGCUGCUUUACAAAAAAAAAUAUUCUGAGGGUGAGCAGCUCAUUUGUUACUGUAUUUUGUAUAUCACUUUCAGACUUGUUUUGUGCUGUAUACUGGAUACGCUGUGAAACAGGGUUUUAGGCUUUCUGUAUUCGUCGAGAUGUGUUUAGUCAACAUAGAACAUAUUUAGUUUUGUAUUGAUCACUUUAAUUUAUUUAUCUGUUUCUGAAGUUUACGUACAUAAU